GUAACGUCCCUCUCCCUCUGUCUUUCUGGUACAGUUUACCGUCUUUUGGAGACACAGCGGGCUGAACUUUGAACUGAAGGUUGAAACCAUGUUUGACUUGAAGAAGAGGAACAGUCUGACUCUGAACUGCGGCCGAGAGGCGGAGGAGUUCAGACGGGUGGCGGUAAGGCGGAGGGUUAAAGGUGCUGCGGUGGAGUGCGUCGCCUCACACACAGUUGUGAGCGGUGGAGUGUGUGGCUCGUACAGCUGUGGCGGUGCUUGUGACAGAGUCUGUGGGUCAGAACCAAACUCCAAACCAGGUGCAGAGGAAGACAACAAAAGAAGCCCUGCUAAAGGAUCACCUUUUAAACCACAAGUGCCUCCUAAACCAGCUCACCUCCAGAGUCCUCUGAGGGCAGGACAAGCACAAGCCCAGAGUCCCACUGCAGGGAAGUUACUACCUCAACAAGUUAACGCCACAGAGCGAGACCAGAGUCCUAAUAGAAGUUACGCACUUUCCGUUUCUUGUGUUAGCCCAGCAAACAAUGGUCUAGGCUCCCCUAGUCCUAUCAGAAGAGGAGGGAGCAGUUUUUUGAACGGGGUGUGUGGAGCACAGAUCAGCCCUGCCAGACAUACUCGGGGGAUUCCACGUCUCACUAGCAGUCCACUUCUAGGAUCUCCAAGUCCAGGCAAAAGAGGCAUUUGGAGCUGUAGCCCAUUGAGGGAAGGAGGACACAGCCCUGCUAAGUUGUCCCCUAGGAACCACAGCCCUCGCACAGGAUUACUACGCACCCCCAGUCCUGUUCAGGGGAGGAUGGGGAGCUACAGCCCCGCCAAGAACUCUAAAUCCUGGCUCGGACUGCACAGAAUCCCGAACAGCAAGAUGGAUGUGGAAGAGAAGACAGUGGGAAAAUCUUUGAGCGUGCCUGACUUGAUUGUUUUCUUGGAAGAGAACAGGAUUCCUACGGAAAAAGUUGAACGCUCACCACUAAAACUGCUGCAAUCCCCCAACUGCAAUGGGACAGCCAUAACCGUCAAGGUGCCAGUUAACCAUAGGCUUAAACAUGCCUCAAGUGAAGCCCAUCUAUCAAGCAAUAGCAAAGAGCCUUCCUCGGGACAAAUGAAUGGCAUAGAGCUGGGGAAAGAUUGCACAGCAGUAAAUGGGGAGGUAACACAUGGCAAAAUGGAAGAAGGCAAGAUAACCAGAGGAUACGGCUCCAGGUCCUCCUGCCACUGGAAUGAGGCAACUAGAGAAGGUGGCAGGAUUCACAAGGAGUCUAAAGGUGAACAAAGUGAUGAGGAGAGGAAGGAGGUAGAAGGAGGUCAGCCAAAAGAUGAGGAGAACACCGAGCAGAAAUUGUACAACAUAGCCAACGAACUGCUGCAGACAGAGAGGGCCUACGUGGCUCGACUCCACCUGCUAGACCAGGUGUUCUGCUCACGCCUGACAGAAGAAGCAGGUCGAGGUUCGUUUCCUCCUGACGUGAUACGAAAUAUCUUCUCCAACAUUUCCUCUAUCUACUCCUUCCACAACCAGUUCCUGCUACCUGACCUGGAAAACUGCAUCAGCCGCUGGUGUGAGAGCCCAGGCCUGGGUACUGUUCUGCUGCAACACGCACCCUUCCUGAGGAUGUAUGCCAACUACGUGAGGAACUUUGAGCAGGCCAUGGAGCUGGUGAGGGUGUGGACUGAACGCUCCUCUGCCUUCAGAAACAUCAUCCAGGAAAUACAGAGUCAGGAGGUGUGUGGCAGCCUGACCCUGCAGCACCACAUGUUGGAACCAGUCCAGAGGGUCCCACGUUAUGAGAUGCUGCUCAGGGAUUACCUGAAGAAACUGCCCAAGGAUGACCCAGAUUAUGAUCUUGCUCACAAAUCCUUGCAGACCAUUUCCAUGGCAGCCACCCACUCAAAUAGCGCCAUCCAAAAAGCUGAGAGCCUGAAGCAUCUGCUGGAGAUCUAUGAGAUGGUUGGAGAGGAGGAGGUGGUCAACCCGACCAACGAGUUCAUCAGGGAAGGUCGUCUGCUCAAGCUUGCAGCCAGGAACACAUCUGCCAUGGAGAGGCACCUGUUCCUGUUCAACAACUUCCUGCUGUGCUGCACUCCAAAGUUCAGCCUGGUCGGGCAGCGUUAUACUGUCCGCUGCAGGAUCGGCGUGGACGGCAUGCAGGUGCAGCAGACCACCAAUGAGGACCACCUACACACCUUUCAGGUCUCUGGAAAGGAGCGGACACUUGAGCUGCAGACCAGCUCUGAACAAGACAGAGAUGAGUGGAUAAAGGUUAUUCAGGAAGCCAUUAACGUGUUUCAGAGGAAAAAUGAAACCUUCAAAUUGGCUUCUAAGGAGCCAAAUGUAGAAGAACGAACUGAGGAACUGGGCCGACGUGCCCCUCGCUGGAUCAGGGACAACGAGGUGACCGUGUGUAUGAAAUGCGAGGAACCUUUCAACGCACUCACCAGGAGAAGACAUCACUGCAGAGCCUGUGGCUGCGUGGUGUGCUGGAAGUGUUCAGACAAUAAAGUGGCGUUGGAGUACGACGGUAACAGGCUGAACAAAGUGUGUAAAGCCUGCUACUCCAUCCUGACCAGUCAGAGAGGGGAGAGGGUGGAGGGGAAGAAGAGAAGGAUGCUGGAGUCGGAGGUAUCUACAGUGUCCAGUGACUGCAUAAUGAGUGGCUUCUUGCUGUAUGGUGACAACCCCAAGACCUGGCAGCAGGUGUGGUCUGUUAUCACACGGGCUGAACCUUGCAUCCUCCACCUGUAUACUGCUCCACAGGAUGUGAAGCCCCUGUCCAGUAUACCUCUGCUGGGCUGCAGUGUGGAGGAUUCCCCUCAGGAGCUCCAGGGUCAGCGUUGUUUCUGUUUACGCCAAUCCAAAACCACCCACACGUUCUCCUGCGAUGGCUCCGAUCUCAAACAGAGCUGGCUGACAGUUCUCAAAGUUGCUGUGACAGGUGUCUAUGACAUCACCACCAAUGGCUCCAGAUGUAGCGUUAACAGUAGUGUCAUCGAUGAUGAGGAAUUUAUCAUCAUUGGUGACGAGGAAAACCUCUCCUGAACGUUCAAGAUCAGGCACCAUGGAACAUACAAGUAUAAAUAAAUAAACACAAACAUACAACAGACUGAAGUCCAUUGACGUUAAAGGUAGCUUUGAAAUGUGUAUUUGAUAAAAUGAAUGAAAUCUAGAGGUUAAAUUCAGGAAUGUAAAGGUUGUUAAUAACAAUAUCCAGGCUGUGUUUUCCUUACAAGUGGCGAUGCACUUUAUUUCUGAAAUGGUUUACAGUAAAAUAAAUAAAGUGAAGGUGUUUUAA